AUGGCGGUAACUCAGAGCGGUAAAAUUCAAAUUUUGUUGUCCUUAUAAACAGAGAGUUUGUGCUUUAACGAAACUAAAAAUGAACAUCAGAAAGGAAGACGUUGAGCUGUUGAACAUCUGGCAAACUUUUCAGUUUGGAUUUGAGGACACUGAAAAUUCGCACUGGAACAGAGCAGAUGCUUCACGUAGUUUGAUAUUUCAGGUUGAAAAACUAUUUCAAAGUGGUGUUAUUGGACCAACAGAAUACCUUCACUUUCUUAACAAGUAUCAGGAUGUGUAUUUUGAUGUUGUGGACGAACAAGAUGAAAGUAAAGGAUUGAACAACUAUGCUGAACAAACUCUUGCUUUAACGUCUGCAACAUUCAGAAAUGAUAGCGAAAGAUGGAAGUCAAGUCUAACAUUUGAUUCGUUAGAUGAUUUUAACAUCUCAAACAUAUCGUCUCAAGAUUAUAAGAAAUUCGAAAAAUCUCCCUUUAACAUCAAAGCCAAUCAUCCAUCAGUUGCCAGAUCGUAUGUUCAAGAAACCAACCAAUCAGUCCAAACAACCACCACGAACUUGAAUCCUAACGAAAUAUCUUUAGAAAACGCCAACAAUAAGGACUUUGACCUCUUCAAUAAAUACAACUCUCAAAAGUGUCAUACUCGUACUGCCAAUGCGUUCACCAGCAACAAGGCAGUUGAUACCUCUUUUGAUCAAAAUGCUUCGAGAAACAAAGAUCGAAAUGAAUUCGUGACAGCGAGACAACAACAUGUGAUGAACGAGAGAAAUAAGAAAGGUAAACAAAGCGGCAGCUGCCUGAAUUCAGCAAAUUAUGUGACAAAUAUGAAAAAGUCACUUGGUUACCGAAGAGGACCAUCCAGCAGAUUUAUUCCUCCUGUGAAGAAUAACGACGAUGAAAACGACUAUAAAAGCUACAAGGCGGUCCUUACAACAGAGAAAGGGAAAAAGCCAUUUCAAAAAGAGCAAGGAUGUUCUUUAAGUGAAGUAGAUGAUCCUAUCGAUGAUAGAUUGAAAGGAAUUGAUCCUAAAAUGAUAGAACUGAUAAAUAACGAAAUUAUGGAUCACGGACCGCCAGUGGACUGGGACGAUAUCGCAGGAUUAGAGUUUGCUAAGACGGUUAUUAAAGAAAUUGUUGUUUGGCCAAUGUUACGACCUGACAUAUUUAAAGGUCUACGUGGACCUCCCAAAGGAUUGCUUUUGUUUGGUCCUCCUGGUACAGGAAAAACGCUGAUUGGGAAAUGUAUUGCAAGCCAAUCUAAGGCUACUUUCUUUAGCAUAAGUGCGUCAUCUUUGACGUCAAAAUGGGUUGGAGAAGGAGAGAAAAUGGUUCGUGCUUUGUUUGCCGUAGCAAGAUGUCAUCAAACUGCCGUAAUAUUCAUCGACGAAAUAGAUUCCUUGCUAUCCCAAAGAUCUGAUAAUGAACACGAAUCAUCCAGAAGAAUAAAAACAGAGUUUCUCGUACAGUUGGAUGGGGCAACAACAUAUUCAGAAGACAGGCUUCUCGUUGUUGGGGCAACAAACAGGCCGCAGGAAAUUGACGAAGCUGCAAGGCGUCGUUUAGUAAAACGUCUUUACAUUCCACUUCCUGAAGGAGAAGCGAGAAAACAAAUAAUUUGUAAUCUACUUGAAGAUCAACAUUACUCCUUAUCUGAUGAAGACUUUCAACAGAUCGUUACUCGUUCGGAAGGAUACUCUGGCUCUGAUAUGAGUAAUCUAUGUCGUGAAGCAGCACUUGGACCAAUAAGAUCUAUAUCAGGCAAUAUCCAAGCCAUUACAUCCGAUCAGGUCAGACCAAUUGUAUUUGCGGAUUUCGAGAAAGCAUUUCGUCAAGUACGGGCAAGUGUUUCCACUAAAGAUUUAGAUCUUUAUCAUUCAUGGAACAAGCAAUUUGGAAGUGGACAUUGAGAAGUUGUAUUUAAAGUUCAUUUAACCAAGUAGAAUUUUAAUUUUAUGUUGUCAAUUUAGAAUCUUGUCCAAUUGUACUUGUACAUAAACAAAUGAUGAAUAGAUUGUGUUGUGUUUAUGCUAUCCAAUUAAAAAAGAUAAAUGAUAAAAUGAAA